CACCUGUAAUAUCUGAAGUCAUUUUGCUCAUGUAAUUCCUUACCAUAUUCAAAUAGAAAAGGUUUUAUACUAAUAAUAAUACCAUUAAUUAAAUGGAUAGAGCAUGUUUUCCCUAGUAUAUAUGGGUGUGAAUUUCAGACAAGACACAAUAACACAACAUCAAACCAUCAUGAAAGUGUUGGGUUUUGGUCAAUUUCGUGUUGACCCGUGAACGCGUUUAGCAAACAGUUGGGUUCUGUCGGCAUCUAAGCUGGGCAUUUUCACAAUUUAAAGAGUUGUUGAGUUUUGACUAGGGUUUAAGUGUCUAUAACUGUUGAUCAGAACAAAUUAAUUAUGAAACUAAUCACUAUCAGUUACACAUCACUAGUCAUAAAAAGAGUUUGAAGAAGUAUGCAAGUGGUAGGGCAUUUAGACAUUGGUGCAGUGGGGCAGUAAUAAUACCAGUGGGCCAAUUAUACACUUAAAAAAUCUGGUUAUUUUCUUCUUCUGCAUUGUAUUUCGACUCUUCAUAUAUUUUUGUAGCAUGGUUUGUGAAAAUUGAGGUUCCUGAUACUACUGCCUUAAGAAAUGGAUAUAAGAAUUAAGCUGUUACUUGUGCUAGUAUUAUUCAUACAUGUAUUGCUUGCAUCUGGUCAGAAUCAAGAUAUUGUAUAUCUACAAGCUCUUAUGGAUAAUUUGAAGAAUACACCACCUAGUUGGGUCGGGUCUGAUCCAUGUGAGGACAAAUGGGAUGGAAUUACCUGCACUGAUUCACGUGUCACAUCGAUCACUUUAGCAAGCAUCAAUUUAAGUGGUGAGAUUUCUGGAGACAUUGGACAAUUAUCUGAAUUGCAAAUGCUGGAUCUGUCUUACAAUAAGGGUCUGACAGGAUCUCUUACUUCAGACAUUGGUAAUUUAAACAAGUUAUCAAGUUUAAUUCUGGUUGGUUGUGGUUUCAACGGUCCACUUCCAGACUCACUAGGAUCUCUGCCCCAACUGAGCUACUUGGCCUUGAAUUCUAAUGGCUUCACAGGACGAAUUCCACCAUCAAUCGGGAAGCUUACUAAACUUUAUUGGUUGGAUAUAGCUGAUAACAAACUUAGUGGAUCUAUACCCGUUUCUGAUGGACCCACCCCGGGCCUUGAUUUGUUGGUCAAUGCAAAGCACUUUCACUUUGGAAAGAAUCAACUCUCAGGUGAAAUACCACCUCAGCUCUUUAGUUCAAAAAUGACACUUAAACAUGUGCUAUUUGAAGAUAAUCAGUUAACAGGCACCAUUCCUUCGACAUUAGGAUUGGUUCAGACUCUCGAGGUCUUGCGAUUAGACAGAAAUCAGUUAAGUGGAGAUGUCCCGUCAAAUAUCAACAAUCUCACGUUGAUCAACCAGUUGUUUCUAUCCAACAACAAAUUGGAUGGCCCGUUGCCCAAUCUAACUGGCAUGGCAGUCUUAAACUAUUUGGACAUGAGCAAUAAUUCUUUUAUAGCUUCAAAAAUUCCUCCAUGGUUUUCAUCCUUGCAGUCUCUAACAACAUUGAUGAUGCAAGAAAUAGGGCUUCAAGGAGAAGUACCCGUUGAGUUUUUUAGCAUUCCACAGCUCGACACUGUGGUACUAAGAGACAACAAGCUUAAUGGCACCCUGGAUUUUGGAGCUUCCUAUAGCAACCAUCUUCGGCUCAUUGAUAUGAGCAAUAAUAACAUUUUAGGCUUCACACAAAGAAGCGGAUACCCUAAAAAUCUCAUACUGACCGGCAAUCCAAUUUGUACGGAAAAUGCAAGAGAAUCAUUUUGUGAGCAUUCCACAGAAUCCAACUCCACAUAUUCAACACCACCCAACAAUUGUAUUCCUGCAACCUGUGGUUUGUAUCAAGUUUCAAGCCCAAAUUGUAAAUGUUCAUAUCCAUAUACUGGAACCUUAGUUUUCCGCGCUCCUUCCAUUUCUGAUCUGGGCAAUUCAACUAUCUUUACAUCCCUUCAGAGUUCCAUGAUGACUUCUUUUGAAAUGCAUAAGCUCCCAGUGGACUCGGUUUCACUGGGUAACCCCACCAAGAAUGCAGAUGACUACCUCGAUUUAACCCUCAAUAUUUUUCCAUCUGGUGAUGAACGUUUCAAUAGGACGGGAAUUACGCGGAUAGCAUUUAUGCUUAGCAACCAAACUUAUAAACCUCCACACGCUUUUGGACCCUACUUUUUUAUUGCCGACAACUAUGAUUCCUUUUCAGGCGGACCCAAAAGAAGACAUAAAUCAAUGAGCAUUGGAGCUAUUAUUGGAGUAUCAGUUGGUGGUUGUGUUCUAGUGUUGUUUGUUGUCAUCGCUGGAAUUUAUGCUUACCAUCAGAAAGGAAGAGCUGAGAGAGCUAUCAUCAAGAACAGUCCUUUUGCUUCUUGGGAUCCUGAUAAAGGGAGUGGCGGCCGUCCUCAACUAAAAGGGGCAAGAUCUUUCACAUUUGAAGAGCUUAAGGCAUGCACAAACAAUUUUAGCGCAGCAGCCAACGUGGGUUCUGGCGGUUACGGGAUGGUCUACAGAGGGAGUCUUCCAAAUGGGCAAUUGGUUGCUAUUAAAAGAGCUCAGCAUGGAUCCACUCAGGGAGGACUUGAGUUUAAAACAGAGAUUGAGCUUCUUUCAAGGGUUCAUCACAAGAAUCUUGUUAGUCUAGUCGGUUUCUGUUUCGAUGCAGGCGAACAGAUGCUGGUUUAUGAGUUUAUCGUUAACGGUACCCUCAAGGAUAGCCUUUCAGGGAGGACUGGGAUAAGGUUGGAUUGGAUGAGAAGACUUAAAAUAACACUUGGAGCUGCAAGAGGUUUGCAGUAUCUGCAUGAACUUGCCGAUCCGCCCAUAAUACAUAGAGAUGUUAAGUCAACUAAUAUUUUACUUGAUGAACGCUUAAACGCCAAAGUUUCUGAUUUCGGUCUUUCCAAACCGCUUGGUGAGGGUGACCAGACACAUGUCACGACUCAGGUUAAAGGGACCAUGGGCUACAUGGAUCCUGAAUACUACAUGACUCAACAAUUGACCGAAAAGAGUGAUGUUUAUAGCUUUGGAAUAGUAAUGCUGGAGUUAAUAACCGCAAGAAACCCGAUUGAGAAAGGCAAGUACAUUGUGAGGCAGGUGAAGGAAGCAAUGGACACCGAAAAAGACUUACAUAACCUCCGCGAGGUUCUCGAUCCGAUCCUCAGUUUGAGCACUGAGCAACUGCAGGGUUUGGAGAGAUUUGUGGAUGUUGCAUUGAGAUGUGUGCAAGAAACCGGAAACCGACGACCUAAAAUGAGUGACGUUGUGAAAGAGAUCGAAAAUAUAAUGGAAAUGGCGGGAAUUAAUCCAGAUGCUGAGUCCACAUCCACAUCAGAAAGUUAUGAAGGGAAAAGCAAGGGAAACAAUCAUCCUUAUUUGAAUGACUUUUCCUAUAGUGGAGGCCUUCUACCUGCAGAUUUAGAGGCCAAAUAAUUAAUAGAAGGUGGCAAUUUUAACCCCUUCGUAAAUGGAUUGUUUUGGGCUAUGCUUUUAUUCCUAAAUGUGUCAACCGGGUGAGUUGAAAAGUUAGCUAAAAGAGACCUGGGUCGAAAAUCGUGUGUACGUGUUUUUAAUGCGUGGAAUUCCAAAAUCGUUUACUCCAGAUAUAUGGUUUAUAGUUAUUGUAUUCACCGGUAACAAAAUGAACGAUGUGAUUUUAAUGAUGACGACAAGUGUUUGCAAA